GUUGGACGAUAUGGAAUAAUAAUUUAAAUUAUCCCGCCAUAUACACAAUCCGACAGUCACUUGACGUUUAAUUCACUUCCGCUCAGAAUUUAGUACACAAUGGCUGUUUGCGUAGCUGUUAUCGGGAAAGAUAAUUCUCCACUUUACAUUGGUGGAAUUGGAAAUGAUACGACUUCAGAUAAUGAGCUUUCACGCCAAUGGUUGGUUCACACUGCUCUGGAUGCUUUAGAGGAAAGAUUGGCCACGACGAAUACUAAUAACACUACUGCUAGUGUUAAUGCAGCGAGGACAGAUUUACGCGACCUUUAUCUCGGACUACUUUAUUCUACAGAUACACACAAAAUAUACGGCUACGUUACAAAUACUAGAAUAAAGCUUGUGCUUGUUACUAGUUCUACUUCACCUAGCGGCAGCAAUAUAAGAGACGCUGAAGUUAGAACUGCUUUACGCAGACUUCAUGCGUUGUACGCUGAUGCGAUCUGUAAUCCAUUCCACUUGCCUGGCGAUCAAAUCAUAUCUCAAAAGUUUGACAAGCAAGUAAAGAAUUUGAUGUUAAAUAAUGUCUAAAACAGCAAGAAACACAAGACGUGGGAAGUCAUGAAGAAAAUAAUCUUGUUACUCUCCGUUUGAUUUACUUUAUUUAAGAAAGGAAACAUUAGUUUAAAAUGUUACAUAUUUAAUCCAAUAUAUUAUUAUUUUAAUUCAUAGCAGCACAUCAUUUUGUUGUAAUUGUUAUAUAAUUAAAUGCUUAGAAAAUAAAAUAAUA